AUGCCGAUGGCGGACAAGAACCCCACGGGCAGAAUCAGACUGCCGCCCAGACCCGCCACGACGACCGACGACACUACGGGUGCUGCUCCUCCUCCCGCUUCCCCCAUUACUACGACGACUCCAAUUACCACUUCCAUCAGCACCACCAACAAUCUCACCUCCAUCCCUAGUCGUCACCCUGUGUCUGGUCACGAGGGAGGUUUUGUGCAGCCCUCCUCAUACCUCCGCCCGCGCGGUCUUUCGCAUCCAAUGCCCCCAGCCCAGCCCGAAAGGGCGAUCGAUCGGGAAGAGCGACAGGGCCUACGUGCCAUUCGCAACUUCCUCAAAGUCCGUAACAGUUACGAUGUCCUUCCGCUCAGCUUUCGGCUUAUCAUCUUCGACACCUCUUUGUCAGUGAAAGAGAGUUUGAAUAUCUUAAUCCAAAAUGGCAUGUACCUCCCUUGUCUGGUGAAUAGCGCGGUGCGCCGUGUCCCCUGUAUCGUGUCAGCUCCAUUGUGGGACUCUAAAACCUCGACCUUCGCGGGUCUUCUUACCACCUCCGAUUACAUCAAUGUCAUUCAAUACUAUUUCCAGAACCCCGCAGCUCUGGGUGAGAUCGAUCAAUUCCGACUGGACAGCCUCCGAGAGGUAGAAAAGGCCUUAGGGGUUGCUCCGCCGGAGACCAUUUCCAUUGAUCCGGAGAGGCCCCUCUAUGAAGCCUGUCGGCGCAUGCUUGAUUCUCGGGCUCGAAGAAUCCCGUUGGUUACUAACGAUAGUCAAACGGACCGAUCACAUGUCCUGAGUGUCGUUACACAGUACCGUAUCUUGAAGUUCGUCGCCGUCAAUGUCAGUGACACACAGAAGCUGCGCAGACCCCUAGGAGAGAUAUUGCUAGGUAGCUAUGACAAUGUAGCAACAGCAUCGAUGGAUACGCCUGUUAUCGAUGUAAUCCAUAUUCUUGUGGAGAGGAGCAUAUCGAGUGUGCCCAUUGUGAAUUCGGAAGGUGUUGUGUACAACGUCUUCGAAUCAGUUGAUGUUAUAACAUUGAUCAAAGGUGGAGUGUACGAUGACUUAAGUCUAACGGUUGGAGAGGCGUUGAAAAAGCGGUCCCCAGAUUUUCCUGGUAUCUACACAUGCUCGUUGAAUGAUGGUCUGGAUACUAUCUUUGACACAAUUCGCAAGUCUCGUGUUCACCGCCUGGUCGUGGUGGACGAAAAUUUCCGACUAAAAGGCGUUCUCACAUUGAGUGAUAUUCUGCAAUAUAUCCUUCUAGAAGGCGAAAACGAUGAGUCGUCUUAA